AUGGUCCGAACACACUCAUCGUAUACAGCCAGCCCCACGCGCUUCCAAUCGCCCCAGCGUAGUCCAGCACGUCGCCCAUCUCAAGAUGGAUCACAAUAUGAGAUGGAUCUGGAUGCUCUGGGCCUCAACUCCACAUUCGAGUCUACCGAACUAGAACACAGCCACCAACCGCCUGUCGACCACGUAGAUACGAGCGAGAUUGAAGGGCCAGAAGACUUCACUAUGAACAUGACCUACUGGAUGACGGCAGACCUACCCCUGGCACAGAUAAAAUCGCGGAAAGAAGCCAACACGAAACGGCCCGUGAUAAGAAUGGACGCUAUACAAGAUGGAAGCGAGAGUAGACAAGCAACAGAAGUGGGCGAGCCCGUAGUCGUGGUAGAGGAUACCGAGCAGCGGAGAAAGAGUCGGUCUCGCACCGCUUCUCCUACAAGGCGCGCAAAUGGCACGAAGAACGAGCGCCAGCACAGUAUACCAGCAUCUGAGCGGUCUAUGGAGAAUGAAGAGAAAGUUCGGAGCUUUCUGAGCAAUCUACCGGACACGGAGAUGGAGGGCGCAAUUACAGGCACACCGCUGCAUGCACCAAGACACAGUUAUCUACAAGUUCCGCGAUCCUCACCCCCGAAAGCACGAUCGCUACAACCUACAGUGGAGGACUACGAUACACCGCGGAAACCUACGCAAGAGACAGUAAUACGGCACACUUCGGCCGUUAUCGAUACAAGUGAACAGGACGUGGCACGGAAUAGGAUCGCAGAGCUGCAACAUCGCCUUGAGCAGCAAGAAUCUACUUCGAGAUCGCGCAUUACUGAACUUGAGACGAUCCUUUCGUAUACUCGCUCAGAGCUCGAAAGCACGCGCAACGACAAUUACAAGCAUAAAGAGAAGGUGUCAGAUCUAGAGAAGAGCAUAGAACAGCAACGUGCAGAUCACGAAGCAGCUCGCACAGCCGCGGACGCUGACAUGAAGGCACGAGAGGAUGCGUUGGAGAGCAGGAUGCAUGAAUUUGGAGAAGAAAUGCGCCUACAGAAUCUUUCAAAGUUGGAGACUAUGCUUGAAGAGUUUGAACGAAAACGAAGAAGUCUGGAAGAAUCGAAGCGCCAACUUACUGAAGAGGUCGAAGACAAAGAUCAAAGGCUAGAAGAAGUCCAAGCAGAGCUAGCGCAAGUACGCCAAAUACACGAGCGUGAACUGCAUGACCUGAAGGAGACAAAACUACAUGAAUCUGGACACGGAAAUGAGGAUGCUGAAAAGGAGCGUUUAUUGUUGACCGAGCAACUCUCAUCAGUCCAAGCGCGAGCAAAUGCUCUGCAGUCAAGCCUCGAAACGGCUACGUCUGACGCAAAGGCAGCUCGUGAGGAGGCUCGAAGAAGACAUGAGAUGUAUUCUGUUGUUGAAACCGAGGCUCAGCACCACACAGCCCGCAUUGCCGAACUGGAAGGUCAACUCCAGGCUGCCAAAUUCGAAGUCGAAUGCUCGCAUGCCGAUGUAGCAGCUAAACAACAGCUGUUCCAUACAAAUCUCGACCUCAACUCUCGGCUUCGCACUUUACAAUCAGAGCUGGAGACUGCACGAAAGGAUGUCACUGCUCUGGACCAAGAAACUCGUCGCUCAGGCGAUCUGGAGACUCUCAUAAGAGAUCUCCAAUCGCAACUCGAAGCAGCACGCGCAGACGGUACGACAAAGGAGCAGCACCGUUCGGACACGAGUGAGCUGGAGAUGCGAGUGGGUUCUCUCGAGACACAACUUGCAUCUGCGCUUGCAGACCUCGCUAUCAAAGACCAGCAGCUUCAAGAUGCAGCCGCUCUGCAAAGAUAUGUCAAGUCUCUUGAAUCGCAACUCAAUCACUCUGGCACCAAUAAGACCGCAAGUGAUGGACAGCUCCCGGAGGUAGCUGAACUCGAAACGCGCAUAAGAACCUUACAGUCCCAACUGCGAUCUGCCCAAUCCAAUCUGACUGCGAAGGAACAAGAGAUCUCUUCUUACGUUGAUUCGCAAGAGCAGGCUGAGCAACGCAUCAACAUAGCUCAAGGUCGACUACAAAGCCUCGAGACGGGCAACACGAAUCUUCGCCAGCAGCUGGCAGAAGCUCAUCGCGAAAGUGCCAAGGCCCGAGCUGAUGCAGAACGCUUUGAGCAAGACCUUGAAGAUGCCAAUGACCGUUUACAGGACGCUCGCACGGCGGCAGAUCGCCGCCUGAACGACGUCGAGAAGAAGCUCAGCAAGAUGAAAGAGCUGAAACUGGAAGCGGAGAACAAGUACAACGAGUUGCGCGACCAACACGCAGACAUGAUUGAAGGACACGAGGCCAUGAUGGAGGACGUUCGCGACAAGGCCGAAGACGCUGUACGCAAAGCCGGUGCAUUACUGGAGCAAGAGCGUAGUGAGAAGAGGAGCCUUACCAAGGACCUCAAGCGGGCCAAAGAAGAAGCAGAGAAGCUCCGCGCCGCCACGGCUGCGAAGCUCGCGGAAGAAGACACGGACGACGAUACUACCAUGUCAUCAUCUACAACCGGACCGAACGCAAAAGAUGCGGAAAUCGCCAACCUCCGCGACAUCAUCCGCAAACAAGUUUCCGAAACCAAGGUGCUUAAAUCCGAACUCUCCGCCCUCCGCAAAGACAACAAGAACCUCCAAGCCACAUCCACGUCCGUCUCUCAGGACACAAUAGCCACCUUGGAGAGCCAACUCUCUGCUCUCCGCUCCGAGAACGAAGCCCUCGAAACCCGUCUUACAAACCAAGCCGCUGAAAACGAUGCUAUCAAUCAGCAGAUGGACGAGAAACUAGCCACCUUGCUUAGCAAACUUAUGAAGGAGAAGGCUAAGACGGUGGUGGGCAAGCGUGAUGGGCAGUGGACGGAGAGUGUGAGGGAACUGGAGGAGGAGAAGAAGUUGCUCGGAAAGGUCGUGAUGAGACAAUGGGGAAGGGAGGAGGUUGGUGUUGAUGAGGAGAGGGAGGCGAAAGAUGGGAAACAAGCUUAUCGGUACAAGUAUGUAAAAAGAUGA